CUCACUCUCAGCGACAGUGUCAAGCACUCACACGCGUUCUGACACUGUCCCACCUCCUUACCGUCUCACUCUCAGCGACAGUGUCAGUCACUAGAACGCAUCCUGACAGUCCCCACCUCAACCGUCUCGCUCUCAGCGACAGUGUCAAGUACUUACCCUCACCAUGAAACUCGUGAUCGUCGUGUGUGUCGUCGCAGUGAUCGUUGCUGAACCUCAGAUCGACCGAGGAAGAGGUGUCGGUCGUCGAGGCCGGGGUAGACAGAUCGGUCUGCAGGACCAGUUCGGUCUUCAAGAUCAGGUCCAAAUCCAGCCUCAGGUUGGUCAACAGCAGCAGCGUUUGACCAGUCGACAGCGCCUGGUCACUAGACGGCCUCAACUGAUUGAACAGGAUUCGUUUAAUCGACAGUCUCCCCUCAGUCAACAGCAACAGAUAAAUCAACAGUCUCCAUUUAGCCAGCUUUCCCAUUUGAAUCAGCAAGAAGAGUUCAGUCGACAUCCUGAAUUUAAUAGACAGCAUCAGAUUAAUCAACAUUUGCAAGUCACUCAACAGCCUCUCGUCAGCCAACAGCCGUCGAUCACUCGACAGCCUCAGUUUAUUACACAUCCCCAUCUGAAUCAACAAGAGGAGUUCAGUCAGCAUCCUGAAGCUAGUCGACAGCCUCAGGUCAGUCAACCUUUGCAGAGCAGCCGACAGCCUCAGAUCACUCGACGGCGCCAGUUUAAUCGACAGCCCCAGAUAAAUCAACAGCUUCAAGUUACUCAACAACCUCAAGGCAGCCAACAGUCUUUAGUCAGUCGACAGCCUCAGAUCAAUCAACAGCCGCCAAUCAUUCGACAACCACAAGUCAACCGACAGCCUCAAAUCAACCACCAUCUGUUAGAUAGUCCUCAACCUCAAUCCAGCCAACAGCCGCACAUUAAUAGACAUUCUCAGUCUACCUUUCAGCCGCUGGUCAGCCGACAUCCUCAGUUUAGUCGACAGCCCCAAUUUAGCCAGCAUACUCAGGUCACCCCACAGCCCCCAGUCAUUCACCGACAGCCUCUGGCCAGUCCACAGGAUCAGUUCGUUCGACAGACAUCACUGGAUCGACACAGCCAGGAAAACCACCUGUCCCCGGUGGAUCAUCCAACCGUCGGCUUGGGUCAGCCAAACAUCGCUAUCCUACGAGAUGAUCGCCAGAACCCCGAAGAUGGGAACUUCAACUACGAGUUCGAGUCUGAGAACGCGAUCAGCGUGAACGCCGUCGGCAGCAGAGGUUCUGAGGGCCAAAGCAUCGUGGAAGGAUCGUACAGAUUUCCUCUCCCAGACGGCACCUUCGCUGAAGUUCACUACAUUGCCGACGAGAAUGGCUACCGGGCUGAGUCUCCAUUGAUCCCUACGCCCCAUCCGCUCCCGGCCCACGCCAUCGAGCAAAUCCGCUUCGCCGAAGAGCAGCGCGCUCUUGAAGCUAGUGGAGGCCACCAGAACUUCUGAUCUUACCGACGUCAGAAACUUCGAAGGUCUUAUAAAAAAAAACUUCCCAACUCACUUCCCGACGCUACCACAAGAAAGGAAGGAAGUCCUAAGGUGGAAUUCAGCUCACUUUCUGAAUUGACUUCCACUUCUUUAAAAUCACUACCAAAAGACAUUAAUAAAAUACGUAAUAUAACAAUGUACUGUCACUUUUCACAUGUUUUGACUUCCGCUUUUAUAUAAGUUAUUACUAGGUUGU